AUGAGGAAGGAGGAGGAUGGCUCUGAAAGUCCUGCCAGCCUUCACGAUGUGGACUGUGUUGUAUUUUUCCUGUUGAUUUCCCUGUGCGUAUCUGAAAACAGAAUUUCCACCUUAAAGAGAGGCACUCGGGUGAUACGAAUAAACCGGCUGAGCAGUGAAAAGCAGUGCAGACGUGCUUGUAAAGGCCUGUCGCUUUCAGGUAACCGUUACUGCAACUGGUCAGUGUUCUAUCAGAAUCGCUGUGCCCUUUUACACUGUCGCCAUCUGUAUGUGUGUCAGAAUGCCAGCACUCAGGACAUUACAGAUCUACUUGGAGAACUUGUCCUUAAGAAAAGAGAAGCACAGCCACCUGGCCAAACCGGCAGGCAAGUAGUCUCUAACACAAGCCAAGAAAACCAGACAGAGAGUCGAGCAACAGUGCCACCUUCACCAUCAGCUCAAGUAAGGACUGUAAUGACAGGUACCAGAACGACCGCAUCAGCAGUAAUUACAACUACUGCCACAACCACCACCACCACUAAAGCCACAACCACCGCCACAAUCGCCCAAUCCACCAAGGGAACCCCAGGUGAGAUAAGUACAACUACUCCAUUAGCCACAGAUAAUGAAACUGCAGGGAUGCUUGGGCUUCUGACAGAUAAUUCCACUAUCCUUACCAGCACCACGUCUCCAGCUGCCUCUUCUCUCAUUUCAAAUAAUGAUACUUCUAGCUCCACGCCCACAGCCACCUUUGAAAAGACAAGUAAUAAGGUGUUCACUUCAGGAACUACAAAGGCACCAGCUCCCUUGUCUCAAACUGCUAUUGCUACUUCUGAAUUGAAAAUGAGGAUUGUAGUGUCCCAAACAGAACAUUCCAAUGCAACCGUUGCCUCCUGGUUGCACUGGGAUGCCACGCACAGCACUCCCACCCCUAGCAACGUUAAUAAUGUGGGGGUUGGCCCAUUGACAACAAGCUUAUCUAUAGUGACAACCACCGACAGCCUACAGGACUUGAAAACACAUUCCCCAGAUUCUGCAGUCACCAAUCCGUCUUCAGAGAGUGCCAGUCCCACAAUGCCAACAAUCAAAGCUACUUCAUCAACUCUUGAGCCCCUGACAACUACAGUGGACAGGCCCCAGAAUAUCACGGGUAAGCCAUCUCCUACUAUCCCAGUCCGAACAAAGACUUCAGCAACUAACCAACCAAUGACAAAGGCCACCACUGGGCCUGGGGUGAUAACAACAUAUAGUACUUCCUUGACUAAGCUUACCACCAUGGGUCCAACAAAUGCACCCAAAACAUCAGCCUUGGGCAUUGGCAGAGGUCAGCAAAACACAGACUAUGACAAUCUGCUGAUUGCCACUGGGCCUCUGACUCAGUACUUGGUGGACACCAGUUCACUCCUGGCAGUACUUCUAUUUGGUAUCAUUUUUUUCAUAACAGUCUUAGUUCUAUUUGCCAUGCAGGCCUAUGAAAGCUAUAAGAAAAAGGACUAUACGCAAGUGGACUACUUAAUCAAUGGAAUGUACGCAGACUCAGAAAUGUGAGAGGCUGGGGUGCUGAGAGAGGCUUAAAUACGUAUCAAGGAGAUGGGAAGCCUGUGGCUUGUUCUUUCCCCUGUUUGCUUAUAAGACAAACUGAAAGUGCUUCCAAAUUACUUCUGGUGCAAUUUAGGAGAAAUGCCAUGUAUUCUAUAAAUUUUUUUAUCAACUGUAACCGGUUGCCAUAAGAGCGGAAGUCAUUUCUUGAACCCUUCCAACCGUGCUUCUGCCAAUGAUUUUUGCAUUGUAAAAUGAAGCUACCGGGGUGAGCCAUUUCCCUCUGAGAAUGGUAUGUGCUUCCUAAGCUCUGUGUUUACAUUUGAUUUCAGUUUCUUGGGUUUUGUUAAUUUCACGCAUAUUCCCAUUUGUAAAAUGGGAAUGAUAAUGCUCACCCACCUUCUAUGUAGCACUUUGGGAUCACAGAAUGAGAAGUGCUAAGUAUUACUCUGACUGUUGGGGAGUUUUAAUUGUGAGCAUUGUGUUUCAAGAAGCUUCCUGCUUGUGAAGAGAACUGUUUACAAGAUGCUAUUAACACAGUGCUUACCGCUGAUUUAAGAUGGUUCUUCCCAAGGUGCAGAUCAUUCCAUUUGUGCACCUAUAUGGUCUUAUUUUUGUAUUCAGUCACUCAAUAAAAGGGGACCUGGAGGGCA